GGUUUCAAAACGUGAGUGGUCGCCGUCGAGUCGGUCCGUCUGUUUGAGCGACACUCGGCCGAUCAAGACAGCCCCCUCGGUUCUUCUUGACACGAGCUGUAGCGAGCACCGGCGAAAUGUCCAUCACCCAAUCAGUGACAACAGAGGAGCUCAAGCUCCGCAAAGGAGCCAAGUUCGCUUCUGCCGAUGAAUACCAGCUCAAGUUCGUUUGGCGAAAUAUUGCGCUCAUGGCCUACCUGCACAUCAUCUCCAUUUACGGAUUGUACCUGUUCGCCACGAAAGUCAUGUGGCUGACCGUGGCGUGGGCCUACGUGCUCUAUUUCGGAUCCUGUCUCGGAAUCACCGCCGGUGCGCAUCGUCUCUGGGCACACCGAACCUACAAGGCAAAACUGCCACUUCGGAUAUUCCUCGCAUUUCUUCAGAGUUUGGCUUUUCAAAAUCACAUCUACGAAUGGGCGCGUGAUCAUCGCGUCCACCAUAAAUACUCUGAGACAGACGCCGAUCCCCACAACGCGAAACGAGGCUUCUUCUUCUCGCAUGUGGGCUGGCUGCUCGUCCGCAAGCAUCCCGACGUCAUCGAGAAAGGACGCAAAAUCGAUCUGUCGGAUCUCAAUGCCGACCCCGUGGUCAUGUUCCAGAAGAAGCACUACCUCAAGACAGUUUUAUUCGCUUGUUUCGUUUUCCCGACCGUCGUGCCUUGGUUCCUGUGGGGCGAGAGCUUAUUCCACGCGUUCGUCGUCUGUGCUCUGACGCGAUACUGUGUUGCAUUAAAUGUCACCUGGCUGGUGAACUCAGCUGCGCAUAUGUGGGGUGAUAAGCCCUACGAUAAGAACAUCAACCCAGUGGAAAAUUGGGGCGUUUCUAUCGGCGCUAUCGGGGAAGGUUGGCACAAUUACCACCACACGUUCCCUCAGGACUACAAAGCGGCCGAGGUCCCUUACACGCUGAACCCUACUACUUUCGUCAUCGACGUGUUCGCCUAUUUCGGACUGGCUUACGACCGUAAGAGCGUUUCCCCGGAAACCAUCAGAGCUCGUAAGAUGAGGACGGGCUGUGAAAGCACCAACCACGAGGUUUACGCCGACAAGGAUCCCUCCUAUUGAAAUUAUUCAGAAAUCGCCCGUUCGAAAAAACGUGACUGCUCAGUAAGAGAUCGCAGAUCAUUGCUAGGAUGAAUGCUUGAAGAGAGCUUCGAAAUUAAUCGUUACUGCAACUAGGACUGUUCAUCAAGAAUUGUGUCAAAAAGUGCCUUCUACUCACGGAGCAGAUAGGCAGAGUGAGAUUUUGAACUGGCUCCGCGCUCGGAGCGGCCAGGCUACGGGCAUCCGUGGAGGCUCCCGAGCAGAAACUGAACUCCUUCCAAAUAUGAUGAUGUUAUCGUCGUCUGAUCGAAGCACACGCACUCACUCGGUAAAAUGAGGGAAUGGUAACUCUCAAUGAUCGCUUCCACCGCGUCGUCGGUGGAGCGAUCGAUUAGGUCCGGUAGAGCACACAUAUCAAAAUCUGUUCAAGUUACGGAGGUGAUCAGUGCAUGCUUUGUAUAAUAUAAUCGUCGAUAUAUCACGAAACGUAUUUACUUCUCUGUUGGUCGUAGCUGCGUAUCACUCAGAUCCGUUUUUGGUUCAGAAACUGAGCCGACAUCGGUGAAAGGAAGUACUGUAGCAUUUUACUGAGGCGUUGGGAUAGUUCAUAGUUGAAUGAUAUAGACGCUAUUAACCUUAUUAUCGAGAUCUGUCGGCUAUCUCUGAAUAAACCCACAAUAGG